AUGGAGCUCGGCCUAUUCUGCGCACCUGAGGAUGGCAUCAGCCUCCGCACACCAGGCAGUGUGAAUGGCUCUUCCUCAGAGACCCGUGGACACACCCACAGUGCCUCCUCACCUUUGGAAAGGGCAUGCCCCAUGCCUCUGCCCAGGAAGGCUCCGCUCAGUACUCCUGUCACCCCGGUCCUUGAAGACUUCCCUCAGAAUGAUGAUGAAAAGGAGCGGCUGCAGCGGAGGCGCUCCCGGGUCCUGGACCUGCAGUUCAGUACCGACUCGCCUCACCUGUUGGCCUCCCCCACCAGCAGGAGUGUUGAUGCUUCCACUACAGUACCGAAAUUCACAAACACACAGAUCACAGAACAUUACUCCACUUGUAUCAAACUAUCCACUGAGAACAAAAUCACUACCAAGAAUGCUUUUGGCUUGCACUUGAUUGAUUUUAUGUCAGAAAUCCUUAAACAGAAGGACACGGAACCAACCAACUUUAAAGUGGCUGCUGGCACCCUGGAUGCCAGCACCAAGAUCUAUGCUGUGCGGGUGGAUGCUGUCCAUGCUGAUGUGUACAGAGUCCUUGGGGGACUGGGCAAAGAUGCACCUUCUCCGGAAGAAGUGGAGGGCCAUGGUGCAGAUGGAAGUGCUACUGAAAUAGGAACAACUAAAAAAGCUUCAAAGCCAAAGAAGAAGCAUUCGUACAAGACCAUUGAGCAGAACAGAGACAACCUCAAUAUCUCCGAAGCAGAUCAAAAGUGUGAGGUCAAUCCCAUGUUUCAGAAGACCGCAGCCUCAUUCGAGGAGUGCAGCACUGCAGGGGUGUUCCUCUCCUCCCUCCACUGCUGCGACUACAGGAGCGAGCUGCUCUUUCUUUCUGACAUCCAGAGCCUCUCCACCGCAGAGCCUCUUGAGUUGCCAGAUUUAGGCUGGGUAGAAAUGACAGACCUCAAAGCGCCUCUGCAGCAGUGUGUGGAAAAUGGCCAGCUCUGCCCUUCCCUGGCUGGGUUACAGUUCACAAAGUGGGACAGCAAGACACAUAAUGAGUCUGUGUCAGCCCUGGUAGACAAGUUUAAGAAGAAUGACCAGGUAUUUGAUGUCAAUGCUGAGAUGGAGGAGAGUGGCUGCGGGGACUUCCUUGAUGGGCCCCUGGAGGACAACUUUGAUGCCAAUGAUGAGCCCGAGCACACCUCAGCUGGGGACCACGAGGAGCUCCGGAGCUGGAAGGAGCCCUGCCAAGUCCAGAGCUGCCAGGAAGAAAUGAUUUCCCUUGGGGACGGAGACAUCCAGACCAUGUGCCCUCUUCUCUCCAUGAAACCUGGAGAAUAUUCCUAUUUUAGUCCCCGGACCAUGAAGAUGUGGGCUGGCCCAGAUCACUGGCGCUUCAGACCUCGACACAAACAAGAUGCUGUUUCCCAAUCAGAGAACAAGAAGAGGAAUUCAAAGAAAGAUUUUGAAAUGGACUUUGAUGAUGAUAUUGAUUUUGAUGUAUACUUUCGAAAAACAAAGGCUGCGACUGUUCUGACCAAGUCCACUUUGGAGAACCAGAACUGGAGAGCCACCACUCUUCCUAGAGAUUUCCACUACAAGAUCCACACGCUGGUCCAGCUGCACCUCAAACCAGGCUUAAGGUUACUAAAGAUGGCCCCAGGCCAGAAGGCAGAGACUGAGCAUUAUGACAAC